GGCUCCCCGCUGCUGCGUGAUCUCUGCUGACCCCGGUGAGUCUCUGCUCCCCUUCCUCCUGCAUCGCUUGUUGCGCAGCUUUGGUCUCCAGCUGCCAUUCACCCAGCAGCCGCGGCACCCCCAAACGCCUCCCUGCGAGGCACCGGGGUUGCAACUGCUCCUCUGCAGCAUCGCGGACUGAUUUGGGCAGGUUGGGGGGGGACGGGCCCCCAUCGCUGCCCUGACCCCACCCCCGGUGCUCUGCCCUCCAGGCGUGCAGGAGGCUGGCGAUGGCAUGUCCCCUGGAGCAGGCGCUGGCCGUGAUGGUCACCACCUUCCACAAGUACUCGGGGAAGGAGGGGGACAAGUACAAACUCAGCAAGGCAGAGCUCAAGGAGCUGCUGAACAAGGAGCUGCCCGUCUUCGGGAGCAAACAAAUGGACGAGGUGGAGUUCAGGAGGCUUGUGAACGACCUGGACCAUGACAAGGACAGCGAGGUGGAUUUUAAGGAGUACGUCUGCUUCCUGGCCUGCGUCACCAUGGGCUUCAACGAGUUCUUCAAGGACGGCUCCACCAAGCAGCCCCGCAAGAAGUGACCCCCGCUGCCCACAGC